UCGAGACGGUUUCCUUGGCUACGCCAGAGGAGAGCAGAGGGGGCCGGGCCCUUCCGCCUGCUCCGGGAGCCGUGGCCGCCGCGCCGAGAGGGGCGGGAUGGGCCGGGGCCGGGCCUGGGCCUAGCAGCAGCGGGCAGGCGGCCGCGGCCAUGAGCGGAGCUGCGGGCUGCCAGGGGGGCGGCGGUGGUGGUGGUGGCGGCGAGCGGGGACCUCGCUGGAGGAGGCCGUGGAAGCUCCUGGCUCUUGGCCUGCUCUCCGCCUCCUCCGUGCUGGCGGCUGCCCCGGGAGCCGGAGCGAUGAGCAAAGAGGAGAAGCGGCGGUUGGGAAACCAAGUGCUGGAAAUGUUUGAUCAUGCAUAUAGCAAUUACAUGGAACAUGCAUAUCCAGCUGAUGAACUCAUGCCUUUAACUUGUCGUGGACGAGUGCGGGGUCAGGAGCCAAGCCGAGGGGACGUGGAUGAUGCCUUGGGAAAGUUUUCACUGACCUUGAUUGAUACCUUGGACACUCUCGUGGUGCUAAAUAAAACCAAAGAGUUUGAAGAGGCUGUAAAAAAAGUAAUAAAGGAUGUUAAUUUAGAUAACGACAUAGUUGUAUCUGUCUUUGAAACCAACAUAAGAGUCCUUGGAGGUCUCCUGGGUGGGCAUUCAGUGGCAAUUAUGCUGAAGGAGAAAGGUGAUUUUAUGCAGUGGUACAACGGGGAACUUCUGCACAUGGCAAAGGAGCUGGGCUACAAGCUUUUACCUGCUUUUAACACCACUAGUGGUCUCCCUUACCCAAGAGUUAACUUAAAAUUUGGUGUGAGGCAUCCAGAGGCACGAACAGGGACAGAAACUGAUACCUGCACAGCCUGUGCUGGGACCUUGAUCCUUGAGUUUGCAGCUUUGAGCCGAUUCACAGGAACAUCCAUAUUUGAGGAAUAUGCACGGAAAGCUCUGGAUUUCAUCUGGGAGAAGAGGCAACGCAGCAGCAAUUUAGUGGGUGUUACAAUCAACAUCCACACAGGAGACUGGGUCCGAAAAGAUAGUGGAGUCGGAGCAGGAAUAGAUUCAUAUUAUGAAUAUUUAUUAAAAGCUUAUGUCUUGCUGGGUGAUGACAGCUUCCUGGAACGAUUUAACACGCACUACGAUGCCAUCAUGAGGUACAUCAGCCAACCACCCCUUCUUCUUGAUGUUCAUAUCCAUAAACCAAUGCUAAAUGCUAGGACCUGGAUGGAUUCCUUGCUAGCUUUCUUCCCUGGAUUGCAGGUGCUGAAGGGUGAUAUUAGACCUGCUAUUGAAACUCAUGAGAUGCUGUAUCAGGUUAUAAAAAAGCAUAACUUCCUUCCAGAGGCAUUCACAACAGACUUCAGAGUUCACUGGGCUCAGCACCCCCUAAGGCCUGAAUUUGCUGAGAGCACUUAUUUCUUGUACAAGGCUACUGGGGACCCUUACUAUUUAGAAGUAGGAAAAACACUGAUAGAAAACUUGAACAAGUAUGCAAGAGUACCCUGUGGGUUUGCUGCAAUGAAGGAUGUUCGUACAGGAAGUCAUGAGGACAGAAUGGACUCUUUCUUUCUGGCUGAGAUGUUUAAAUACCUUUACCUGCUGUUUGCUGACAAGGAGGACAUGAUUUUUGACAUUGAGGAUUAUAUCUUCACUACUGAAGCUCAUCUGUUACCACUCUGGCUUUCCACUACAAACCAAACCAUCUCUAAAAAAAAUACAACUACAGAAUACACAGAGCUGGAUGACAGUAACUUUGACUGGACCUGUCCAAACACCCAGAUUCUUUUCCCAAAUGACCCAAUGUUUGCUCAGAGUAUUCGUGAACCUCUGAAAAAUGUGGUGGAUAAGAGCUGUCCCAGGGGAAUCUCCAGAGUAGAAGAGAGUUUGGGAAGUGGACCAAAGCCACCUUUGAGAGCCAGAGAUUUCAUGGCCAGUAAUCCUGAACACCUGGAGAUACUGAAGAAGAUGGGAGUCAGCUUGAUCCAUCUGAAAGAUGGAAGAGUACAAUUAGUACAGCAUGCAGUGCAAGCAGCAAGUUCACUUGAUGCUGAAGAUGGCUUAAGGUUCAUGCAGGAAAUGAUUGAACUCUCCAGUCAGCAGCAGAAAGAGCAGCAGCUCCCUCCUCGUGCUGUUCAGAUUGUUUCCCAUCCCUUUUUUGGGAGGGUGGUCUUGACUGCUGGACCAGCACAGUUUGGGAUGGACUUAUCCAAACACAAAGCAGGGACAAGAGGAUUUGUUGCAACCAUUAAGCCAUAUAAUGGAUGCUCAGAGAUCACUAAUCCUGAAGCAGUGAAAGAGAAAAUUGCUCUGAUGCAGAGAGGCCAGUGCAUGUUUGCUGAAAAGGCACGAAACAUUCAGAAAGCUGGAGCAAUAGGAGGCAUUGUUAUUGAUGACAACGAGGGAAGCAGCAGUGACACAGCUCCUCUCUUCCAAAUGGCAGGUGAUGGAAAGAACACAGAUGAUAUCACAAUUCCCAUGCUCUUCCUCUUUAACAAGGAAGGAAACAUAAUACUGGAUGCAAUCCAGGAGUAUGAAGCUGUGGAGGUGCUUCUUUCUGAUAAAGCAAAAGACAGAGACUUGGAAAUGGAGAAUAUGGACCAGAAGUUACCUGAAAGUGAUUCAAAUAAACAGAAUUCAGAAGAAGCUAUUUCAGCAUCUCAGGAUGUUGGUGCAGUCAGUGAGGAGCCUGAAGAUGACUCUGAUGUUACUGACCCUGGUUCUUUCCCUCCUGCUGAUGCAGACAGUGACAGUGUUUCCAUUUCUAAUCAGGAUUCCUACAUCCCUGGAAGUGAUGAGGCUGGUGCUUCAGAGCCAGCAUGUACACAGGGAGAUCACCAGCCUCAGGAACAAAAGACUGAAACAGAGUCAGAUUCCAAGGUUAAUUGGGAUAGUAAAGUUCAACCUAUGGAAUCCAUAUUAGCAGACUGGAAUGAAGAUAUAGAAGCAUUUGAAAUGAUGGAAAAGGAUGAGCUAUGACUUGGAAUAAUAACUUAUUUGUUAGUAAACAAAUGGAGAACUGUUUGGGUAGAAGUGAGGCCCUGAUAUCUGAGAACUAGAAAACUUAUUCAGUAUUGUGAUGAGCAGCCAGGUUUCACCUGGAAAUUACCACAGAAAUCCAGCACAUGCUCUUUGUGUUGUUUUGAUUUCUCCUGUUUCAAAAUGGGAACGUGCAAUUGAUGUGUUUGUCUGGCUCCACUGCAUGGUGCUGUCACCCAAGAGGCUUCUUCAGAGAAGGAGCCCAACUUCUGCCCUCCAGGCUCCAAGAGGUCACACUCCCUUGGUCUCUGGAAAGCAAAAGUUGAACAUGAGAGGUUCAGAUGCCACACAACAGUUACUGGUGAGAGCACCUGAAGGCAGGAGGUCAGCCACUGCUCUGAGUGGGGUGAAGGUGCUGUUUCCCUCAUCUCUGCUGGACUGAAAGCAGGUGAAAUUGUGUUUCCAGUUGUCCUGUCUUAAAGACACAGCUCAAAGCAGUUUGAUUUCUGUCCUGACACAUCAUAUGGAGAUGUAGUGUUGUUUAUCCUCCUUCCAUCUGUUACCAUGAAGAAUGACCACAAGGACAUGUGAGUUUUCCCUUCUGCUCUGCUUUCAGCUAAAGAAACUGCAUAAACCAAAGGCAACGUGUGUUUGGUAGGCAGGUUUCAUCAGGGAGAGGAAGCCAGCCUUGGGGUCUGCCAGAGAAAGGUUUGUUUGCAGUGUGGUGUGAAACUUGUGCUCAAAGUUAAGGUACAGUGUGGAUGAGGCAGAUGUUGAGUUUCUGGAAUUUCUUUUGGCCUUCCAGGUGGAAAAACCUCAGUCUACCCUGAGACACAGAAUUUAAACUGGCAAUAAUCCUCUAAAAGGACACAAGAGAAACUAGAUCAGCUGUAACAAAAAUCUUCCUUUUUCUACGAGUCUGACUUUUAACAGCUUGACUUCAUUGUAAUUCUUUUUAUAUGCAACUUCUGUGUGUGUGAUGACAUUUAAGACAAUGAGGCCAGUACCAGUAGUGAACUGCAACCAUUUUGCCUGUUGGGUCCAUAGUUCAAGGUGUGGUGGCAUCAGCUGUGAGGGGGACUGGUGUGUUACUCUGGGAGUUUCUUAUCCCUAUUAUGAAAAACAUUUUUUAAAUCAAAAUGGGGAUGUUAAACAACAGAGAGAUGUUUUGACUGUGUCCGAAGAAACUGCCAAAAACUAAUUAACUUGAUUUAUAAAAACUGCUUUUAGUAGAUUGUGGUUCAAAGAAUUGUUUUACGUUGAAGAAUAAAUUAACACUGCCUAUAUGCUACACCAGGCUAAAAGUGAAGGUUUAUAUUCAUCAAUGGAAUAAAACAAAAAACAACCCAAUCUGAAGUGCACCUUUCAUUUAGCUGGUGAAGUUAUGCGUGCUGAAUAUGCAACUGUUAAUUAGUACAGCCAUACUGUAUUUAUUUAUGUAUACUCCUGUACAGUAUGAAUGGAGAAAUGCCAGGCAAAUGUUAUAUACAUGUAUACUUUGUGACACUUGCUUUCAAGAAUAUCAAAAUGCACAGGCACCUUUUUGAGAGCAUGACAGUCAAUCAGAAUAUUGUCUGUGAGAACUCUGAAUCACUAGGGUAGGAGUUAAUUUUGAGAAGGAAGCAAAGCAGUAGCAAAAGAGAGAAUAAGUGUCCUUUUAAACAAAAUUAGCUUUUAAAUGUAGUUGUAAUUCCUUUGCACAAAGAACUGUAUGGAGGCUUGGAUGGAAUGAGUGGAGCUGGAAGCAGCCAGGGUUUUCAGUUGAGAGUGCUUUUUAUUUGUGUGAGUUUCUUCAAGUAAAGAGUUGGAUCAUGGGAGCCUUUUAAGUGUCCUUGGAGCCCUGGUCUGCACCUGCAGGACAUGGGGCUCCCCUGCUAGCACUGGGGCUGGAAGCAAUGUGGCCAAGUGCAGUCAGUCAGCUGCAGGCUCAAAACCAUCAGGUGCAGAUCAAAAGGUUUCACUCUCCUAACACCUUUGAUCUGUGUGUGCUCAGUGCCACAAAAAGAACAAAAAGAAAUUUUUGUUCCUGUGCUCUUUGACACGGUCUACAUCUUCAUGCCUGCUUAGCUCUUCUGGUGGAAAGAGAAAUAUUUUUAUAGCUCUAGAGGCCCUCAGGUCACUGUUCAAAACUGUCAGUACAGCAACUAAAGGUUAUCGUUACUUGCAGAAAAUCUAGGUGUAGAUAUAAAAUUUUAUUAAGAGAUGAACUUUCCUUGCCACCACCAGUUCAUUUUUAUUUAAUAGCUUUUUCUACAUCUAUUGGUAGCAGAUGUUAGCUCUCCUUCUAAGGGAUUUUGAGCCAUCCCAGAACUCAGUAUGGAUCUGAAGCAUCAUUUUGGUGGUGGCCUACCUCAGAUAGCUGUUGCCUCCUUCCUUUUGAGGUGGGUUUUGUUUUGUGGGAUUUUUUUUUUGUUUGUUCUUUGUUGGGUUUUUUUUUUCAGUUUGUUCUACUUUAUCUUUGAAACCAUCCUGAGAACCACAGCUUUGUUUGUGAAACUGAAUCAGGUAUCGUUGACCUUUUGGGGAAGAGGAUAGGAGGACUAAACUUGGGAGGGGGGGGAGACAGUUUUAUUCAGGUUAUUUUGACUUUGUAUUUCUUUAUGGGGUAACAGGCUUUAGUUUAACCUUUUCACUCUGUUCUGAAAACAGUUCAGCUUUCUGUUGCAUCCUAAAAAGCAAAAAGAUUUUAUUCAUUGAAAAAACAAAACCUUUUGCUCAAAUUUUGAGCAGUUUGCUCUCUCCAUGUGUAAUAUUGCUCGUGCAUCCUUCCUCAGUGAACACCUCUUGCUGUGUGGGUUUGUACAGUUACUCAGAUGGUACCAAACACUGAAGGAUUCAGGAAUCACAGCUGGAGCAAGCUAUUACCCUGUGCCAUGUAAUUAAGAUCAGCCAAUUUAUUUCUCAUUUGAUCUUGGGGGAACUUUUUCAAUUGUUUACAUUUAUUGUUUCUUAAUGAAGUUUCAAACUGAGCCCAGCUUUGGUUCUCCUCCUCCUGCCAGUAGCACUAGGCAUGAAUAAGUGUGUGUGUUGAGAGGUUAAAACCAGGACAUCUUACACAAAAGGCAUCAGUCAGAACACAGGAAAAAACCCAUUCUGUGAAUGAAAUAUUGUACGUUCAGAUUUUAAGACUUUUUUUUUUCCUCUCUCCAGCCAGCCCAAAUUUACAGCCGUAUAUUUUCUUAUGGAAGAUGUCUAAUAACAGGUGCUGUAACACUAUUGUUGAGUUUUACUGUCUGGUGAUAAGUGUAUACAAUAUUUCUAAGGGCAACUAUGUACUGUGAUGUAAAAGUCUGGGCUAAAAUGUAUAUAAUCUGUGUACAUAAUUCUGUACUUGAUUAUAAUUGCUGAUUGUAAAGAUUUAAUAAAAUGUAAAUUUUCUUGUCAA